AUGACGCUGAACGAGGACCGGACCUUCUAUCAAAUUAGUUCCUCGCCGCCCCGCCCUCCCGAUCUGGUUCCCCCCGAAGCCGACGCUGCCUGGUCUCCUACCCGCGAUGCACCAGGCGAACCAACAGAGGAAUACGAAGUCAACUACAUUAUGGACCAACGCGGCUCGGGAGAUGUAGCCCAGUACCUCGUGAAGUGGCGCGGGACCCCUGAAGAUCAAGCCACAUGGGAUCCCGCUCACCACCUUACAGGCUGCCCAGCUUUGCUUCGCGCUUGGGGCCGCCUCCAGCGAAGACGACCCCAGGCUCGAAACCAAAAUGCUCCUCCCGACGCGUAG